GCUUUUUAAACCUCUGGAUACAUGGGUUAAAGUAGCGAGCUAUGGCCCAGAAAAAGGUCUUAUAUAUAUACACUCGCCCAACCCUACAACCAGAGUUUAUUGAUCUACAUUAAAUCGGAUAUAUACAUACAGUUCGAGGAAUGAUGAUUUAACAGAGAAUAGUGGUUAAUGGCCAUGAGUAAUGUGAAACGACCAAAUAUUGUCUUGGAUGAUAAGCCACAACAAGCUCUUGAGAAGCGUUCGAGGAAUGAUGAUUUAACAGAUGAUAAGCCACAACAAGCUCUUGAGAAGCGUUCAAGGAAUGAUGAUUUAACAGAGAAUAGUGCAAUGAAGCUGGAAAAUGUAGAGAAGCUGGAAAAUGUAAAGAAGGAUUGCCAUUAUUGUUCCAUCUGUAGACGCAAUACCGAUCAUCGCGGUCGAUUUAACUGCCCUAACAGAUCAAAGGGGAUGGGAAUGGGUUGUGAUACAUGCUUUGAACCCUGUGAAAUUAAAGGCCAUAACUUAAUCCCUAUGUAUAAAAUCUGUCUGCGUUGUGAAUUGGAAGGUGAUCAUUGGAGUAAAGACUGUCCUAACCCGAUAUAUGACGACGACGACAUGUUCUAUUAGAGGACCAUUCAUCGUUUUAUGGUUUCAGAUUGUUUGAUCCGUCUACUUUCUCAUCUGUAAUGUAAUAUGUAAUAUCUACUCUUUGUUUGUAAUAUCUACUUUGUGCUCAUCUUAAACUCGUAUGUGUGCUUUCUUCCUUUGUUUGUGAUGACCUUAAACUCUAUUUUUCUAGUAUUUUUCAUGUUGUGUUUUCUUUUCA